AUGGCUACAGUAGAGGCAGGCCAGCCUACAGCUGUGCCAGACACAGAACGAGACCCAAACUAUGGCGAAGGCGAACACAUAGAUCAGUCACAGACUGAUCGCAUCAUCAAAGGUGACAAGGUUGAGCUACAAGACAGCGAUGCUUGGGAGUGUUUGGGGUACUCUUUCAGGACUUGGCGGAAAUGGCAAAUUCUCAUCGUCGUAUUCUUCAUCCAAAUCAGCAUCAACACAAACGCCUCCAUGUACUCCCACGGCGUUUCCUUCGUGCACAAACAAUACGGCGUUAGCGAGCAAGUAGCCCGCAUCCCACAAGCACUCUUCCUUAUCGCAUACGGAUUCGGGUGCGAGCUGUGGGCGCCAUGGUCAGAGGAGUAUGGGCGCUGGCCGAUUCAGCAGCUCAGCUUGUUCCUCGUCAACUUGUGGCAGAUCCCGUGCGCUCUGUCGAAGAACUAUGCCACCAUCCUUGUGUUUAGGAUCCUAGGUGGCUUGUCGACUGCUGGUGGUUCUGUCACGCUGGGUGUAUUGGCGGAUAUGUGGGAACCUGAUGAGCAGGAGUAUGCUGUCGCGUUUCUGGUUCUCUCGUCUGUUGGUGGUUCAGUCGUAGGUGCUAUCAUCGGGGCGUUUGUUGAAGCGCGACUCUCAUUACCAUGGAUCUUCUGGGUUCAGCUCAUUAUGGGAGGCUUCGUCCAGGCCGUCCACUUCUUCUGCAACCCCGAAACCAGAUCGACUAUCCUACUUGACCGUGAAGCAAAACGGAGACGCAAGACUGGCAAAGACCCGAACAUCUACGGGCCUAAUGAGAUUCGUGGCGGGCAUAAGAUUAGUGCUAAAGAAUGCGCAACCAUCUUCUGGAGGCCAUUCUACAUGUUCUUCACCGAGCCCAUCGUCCUGUGGCUCUCCCUCCUCAGCGGCUUCAGCGACGCCCUAAUCUUCACCUUCCUCGAGGGUUUCAAGCCCGUCUACGAACAAUGGGGCUUCGGCGUCAUCCAGCUCGGUCUUGCCUUCAUACCCAUCUUGAUCGGCUACUUCCUCGCAUAUCUUUCGUACAUGCCCUCGAUCAUUCGCUUUCGCCGCAAGCGCAAGCAGAACCCCGAUUCAGUCGCGCCUGAAGCUCGACUCUGGUGGUUGCUGUUCCUUGCACCGCUUGAAUUCCUGGGCAUGAUGGGCUUUGCGUGGACAAGUCUCGGACCGGAUUAUGGGAUUCCGUGGAUCGCACCGAUGAUUUUUACGACGCUUGUUGCUAUGGCAAACUACGCCAUCUACCAAUCCUCAAUCGACUACCAAACCGCCGCCUACGGCCCGUACGCCGCCAGCGCCACAGGCGGCAACGACCUUGCGCGAGACUUCAUGGCCGGUGUCGCUGCCCUAUACUCCACGCCCUUAUACAAAAACAUUCCAGGCAGACCGGUGCAGUAUGCUAGCACGCUCCUGGCUUGUCUAGCGGUGGUAGUUACGAUUCCGAUCUACAUCGUGUAUUGGAAGGGCCCGGAUAUUAGGGUGAAGAGUAAGUUUGCGCAGAGCUUGGAUAAGACGAGGGAGGAGAGGACGGAGAAGAGGAGGAAGAGUAGUUUGGCAGGUUUGAAUGUGGAGAAGGCCGGAAGGGAGCAUCGGGAGAAGGUGUGA